AUGCGACGUUCCUUGUGGCGCUUGUACAAGAUCCCCAAGAACAUGGGUGUGGCUCCGCGCUUCGACACGUGGAACGAGAAGUAUGAGCCCUGGGAGCAUCUUAGGCGCAUGGGGCGGUUGGCAGGCACCGGCUUCUACAUCCCCCCGGAGUGGUACAAUCACUUUCGCAUGUUCCCGCCCAUCAACCACAACUUUCAACAGGAGAGGACACUUAACCCGCACAACGCGAGCGAGCCAACGCAGGAUGACUCGGAGCACCUUUCUGCUGAGCGAAUCGCGCUGCGCGAUGAGCUGGCGCGGAAGAGCCGCCUCUUAGCCUCGGAGGGAAUGCGGUACUACAACGUGUUCUGGGUACGCAAGCCGCUCGACCGAAUGGAGCGGGAAUACUACGUGCUGAAGCGCAAGGGUGUAGCGCACUCGGUGGCCAUCAAGCGAGUGCUGCAGAUGUUCUACGACGACCUCACUGUGAAGAAGCGCGUAGCCGCCAUCCAGGCUGAGGAAGCGAAGUUGUCCGGCAAGUAUAUCUCUAUGCGUGAGGCCGUUGUACUCAUGGGGGUGCUGACACAGCUGCAGAAGGAGCAGCUGACUCCGCACCAGGUGACGCUGCUGGUGCAGGAGCAGCGAGCGAAGGCUCAAACAGGCGAGGCCUUUGUCGCUACGGUUGAGCGCUCUACCGAGGCUGUCGCUGACGCUGCCAAGGGUGCCGCAGAGGGUGGCGAGGUCAUAUCGGCCGACUCCCUCGCUGACUUGCUCUCCACGGAAGCGGGCCUAGACGAGAACGCCCCCUCUAUCUCAUACAAAGUCACGAUCCACGACGCGGAGCAUGACAGUGUGAAACAACUGCAGGAUGCGGCACUGGAUCACACCGGCAGGAGCGAUUGGUACACGGGCGAGUCACCUGUGCUUCACAUGGAGAAGCCAAUCCCAACAACGCGCACCCCUUCCAGCAGGAGGACGGAGCGUUGA